UUUCCUAUUUCUACUUUUCAAGCACCCCACAUUAGCAGCAGGAGGGGGUUACCCGGGCUGUUGCAACAAUGCGCGAGACCUUCAAGCUCUUGGUUCGGCUUUUUCCGGCUGCAUUCGGCACGAGGAAUGCAGACGCCGAAGCAAGCAGACUACAGUGUAGCCAGUGGAGACGGGCAAAUAGAAGAAGGGUAACGAUAACGGAAUAAAAAGCGGCGACGACUGCUCAAGAAUAGCGGUGAAACAAAAAUAGACAGGUAACCCAUUCUGACUAAACAAAUAAAGAGAUUUCGAUAGUCAAUGGAUUUAACACAAAGGGGAAUACUGCAAACAACUAACAGAGGUCUCCGGAAUGAAGCCCUUUACUGCAUUGAGCGUGAGUAUAACCUCAACCAUCAGAAAGAUGUUGCGAGCAACUGUAUGUAAGGUAGACGUUGUCGCAUUCCAUGACAGUGACUGGGCGGAUCUUAACUAUAUCAUCCCGGCCCCUACCGCUAAUUUAACACACGCACAAGUUGAAUCGCUGGCAAAUGUGAAUAACAGGAGUCCGGCGAGAGGCUUGUGAGGGAUCAGAGGUCUGAGGCUGGCUGCUUAAGACGCACAAGCGGAUUAGGACCCGUGAGCAGGUGCCUUUGUUGGCUCGCGCCGUUGCCAGUGGAGACCCGCAGUAGCACGACGCGCAAAAGGAGACGCUCGUGUAAAUUUAAUGCCUCCAAAUGAGUCACUUCAGCACACGGGGAAUAAAACGCGUUUGACAGUUUUAGGAGCUUUUCAACCAGCAAGAGUUCCGGCACCAUGUUCUACGGUUCCACCUCAGCCAGCAUGUCUCUGCCGUCCAAGAACCGUCUGAAGCGCCAGAGUCGCACCUUCACGCAGGUUCUCUACCGGACACUGAGUUAUCGAGACCGCCGUUCCGUGACCGACCUACCUGAGCAGGUACGGGAUGAUCCAGCUGAGCUUUCCACGCAGUCGUCAGCGCCAGGUGUGCUGAAGAUAUUUGGUGAUGAAAUUAGCGCUGGUGCUAACUAUAAGAGCGUUCUUGCCACGCCUCGCUCCAGCGCCCAAGAGCUGAUCAAGGAGGCGCUCGAUCGCUACUCUUUGAACAAGGCCUCAUCUUGUAGCUACGUGUUGUGCGACGUGAUUGGCCGCUUCGAGGGACCGGAGAGGCGAUGGCGGACCGAGUGCCUUCGGGCACUUGGAAACAACGAAAAACCUCUUCUUCUGCAAGACUUGUGGAAGCCGAAGGAGGGGUACGCUCGCCGUUUUGAGCUGAGACGAAGAGGAGAGGUGGAGGAGCUAGCAGCUAAAGAGAAAGACACAAUAACUGCAGGGACCCACACAAACUCCCCCGUGCAAUCUUCAUCCCUCAGUAGAAGCGGGAAUGCUAGAUGCUAUCGGAGCUCCCCCAGGGGCUGGCGUAUGGUACAGCCCUGCACAGCUUUUGUUAAAGAUAUUAACGCUCAAGCGAGGAAGCUGCAAAGAAACCGCGCUAAAGGAACGAUGACGCUCCAGCAUGGAACAUCGUUCUGCCGCAGCCUCAGUGAAACCAGUCUUAACUUGGUGGGCUUGCCUGGAGAGGAACCCAAACGGUACUACUCCACCCUCCCUGGGCCAAUCAGAUCACGCUCUGCAAGGGACCAUGAGACCCGUAAGGAGCGUGACGGGGGCGGAGUUAAACACUCUCUUUACCAAUCGCCACACUUGCUGCUUCUUCAAGGCUACAACCAACAGGAUUGCCUGGUUUACCUGUUGAACAGGGACCAGCACACAGUCGGUCAGGAAACAGCGUCCGCCCGGCCAAAUAUCUGCCUCUCUUCUCCAGAUGUUCUUCCACUUCACUGCCGAAUCCGUCGUGCUCCAUCACGACGCACCUCCUCAGAACAACGCUUACUCCUGGAGCCUGUCGCCCACGGGAACGUGCUGGUUAACUUCAUGCGUAUCGAGCGGCCCACUCCUCUUCGUCAUGGCGAUUUAUUGUCUUUUGGUGCUCAUUAUAUCUUCCUGUACAAAGAUCCAUUGAGUGCGAAACCUCUUCCUGCCCAAACCCUCACUCGACUCAGAGCGCUGGCACGUCUUUGUGAUGGUGAAUCGGGGGGUGCGCCUGAGAAAGGGGAGGCGUGUCGUAUGUGUGGGGCCGUAUUGCAUGAACCGGUGGCGUCUCGACGCAGCUCUAAGGCUCCAGUUCGGAGUGCACAGAAACGAAAGCUUGCCUUGGAAUUUGAGCGGGCUCAAGAGGAUGCUCUGGUGAGCCGGGUGCUGACGCUUAUCGAGCCGAGCGGGGAUGACCACAAGCUGACACCAGCAUAUCUGCUGUGCCUGUGCAUCAAACACUCAGCUAAUACAUUUCCACCUGGCAGCUUCGGUAAACUAUUGCUGAAAAUUGCCAAGAGGAUUCAAACCAUAGCAUGGGAGAAGACAAAGGACUUGGCCCAGAAGCAAGCUCAGCAUCAGGACCCCGCCUCGCUUUCUCUCCUCAGCAUCUCAGACCUAGUACCUGACCUCCAGUUUAUAUUCUUCUGGAUGUCCAACGCCAUCGAGAUACUUUAUUUUAUUCAGCAGAAAUCGCCCACAUACAUGCAGGCUAUUGAGCUCAUGGAUGAUAAAGCAGGAUCUAAAGAGUCUCUCCUCUCAGCAACAAUAUCAGCCAACGAAGAAGCCAUGACCAUAUUAGAAGAAGUAAUCAUGUACACGUUCCAACAAUGUGUCUACUACAUCACUAAGACUCUGUACAUUGUGUUGCCCGGCCUGUUAGACUGUAACCCGUUUGGGGCCGAGCCUUCAUCCGAGCAGUGUCGCCGAGCUGUGGGCGCCUGCGUGUGUGCCGUGUGUGUGAUGCCAGAGGCCGUGCGAAGGCUGGUGAGCGUGUUUCAGACGACAGCCGACCUCCUCCAGCAGUACCAGGUUCAUUCUGAGAUUCAGAGUCAAAUGUUCGCCUACCUCUUCUUCUUUACCAAUGUAUCGCUCUUCAAUCAACUCAUCGAUAAAGGCCCUGCUCGCGGCUGGUUUCAGCGUUCACGCGUCUUGCAGAUCCAGGCUUGUCUGAAGAUGGUUUUGGACUGGGCGAAAGGGGCUGGGCACAGUCAUCUCGCUCAGAAAUUUUUCGCCAAGUUCUGCAGCACUUUGAGCAUCAUGGCCACGCCCCCUCAACAGCUUACACAGAUGAGUUGGAAAGCUUUGUGUGUGGAGCACCCCUCUCUCAAACCCGUCCAGCUACACAGAAUCUUAACACAGUACCAGCUUAUGGCUGAACUGGGUCCUCUGCCAAUCUGGCAACCAAGCAGUGAAGACGAGGCCUAUAUCUACAGAACAGUAGAUCUACUCGAGAGUUUUGAGAAUCAUCCUCCUAUCGUGCUACCCAGUGCUGGCUUCAAAGUGGACCUGGAGAGCGAUUGUGUUGAGGACAGUAUAUACCGCCAGCUGCUUUACGUUCGUCACUUUGUGUGGGGUCUGCGCACCAAGACCCCUCCCUCUAAUGGCUGCACAGACCGACAGGAAGCCCAGCGUGACCCUCCUCAACCCCACACCAGCCCGCACCCAGUGCCUUCUUUGCGUGGGGAGGGAGAAGGGGAGGUACGGGGCCCCUCGGCCAGUCUCGGAGGAAGAGGAGAAGGGUCCGGAGCCGAGGAUCGUCCACGAGACAAACCGCCACACAGCAUUCACUACAGGAAUGGGAACGGAGUGCGCUACGGCAACCAAACCCAAACGACAGACUCUACCUGUAUACUGACUCCGCCCAACACGCCUCUCUAUCCCGAACACACGUAUAUACACUCCAAUACACAGUCCAAUCCGGCCCACUACUCCGAGCAUGCUUCACAAGAGCACACACAUACACACUCUCACACUAAAUCUAACGGUUGCAUGCGUUCCACCCCAGAACACAAGAAAAUCAAUGGCUUCAUCAGCAAUGGCUUCGAAGGCCCUGUAAGUGGUUGUGGCUUUCCUUUCCCUGUCCAUGUCUCUCACAAUCUGGGCCCAAACUCUGAUGAUAUCUGUUCCGUCUUUGUAGUGGACCUGGAUAAAGGACUGUACGGCCUGGGAAUGGGACUUAUCGAUGGACUUCAUACCCCUUUGAACUCUCCUGGAAUCUACAUCAGGACACUGAUUCCAGAUGGACCAGCUGCUGCAGAUGGAAGACUUAACAUCGGAGACAGAAUCCUGGCAGUAAACGGGACGAGUCUCAUUGGAGCAGACUACCAGAGUGCUGUGGAUUUGAUUCGUCUUGGGGGAGGACGGCUCCGGUUUCUCGUCGCCAAAUCAGAUCUUGACGUAUCAGAGAAGAUCAUCGCCUCUUCCUGCUGAGAGAGUAACUGCAAGUGUGACUCUCUACCUAGAUGAAAUAUGAGGAGAGACAUCGAGUCCUCCUUAGACUAGAGACAGGAGAAUAAGCACACUAUAGACCUUGCAGCCCUGUACAAUACUGCACUAGUUCUCAUUCAUGAGAAUGACAGUUUGACAGCUCUGUCUUACUUUACCUCUUACACAAAUUGGUUGUGGUUUUUGAAUGUAAAAAAUAGGGGAAUGUAUUCGUGCACGUAAUCUGGCUGAUGUGAUGUCAACCCAGUGACAUCUCUGAAAAAUACUGGGCUUGGAACAAAAGGUUUAAGGGUGGUCCCAUUCUUCUCCUGCCUAAUGAAUAAGCUAUACCAUAGAGGACAUUGGUGGAUACCCUCAUCAAGAAGCCCAGGUCCAUAUUCCCAGAUGCCCGUCCUAUCAAACCCAAACCACAGCCCUGUUAAAAUCUAUCACAUUUUUAGAUGGUGUUAUUUGCUGGUAAUAACAAACAAAAUAACAAACAGUACUGUAUCUGUACUAUACAGGGUCCUAACCAAACGCGACAUAGUAAACACAUUUUAACCCAGCUGUCUGUACCAAGCUGCAUCCCAGUUCGCCUACAUAUAUCUACUUAAAGUAUGCAUUUUCUGCUAUGGCCCAAUAUAUAGAUUUCAGUGCAUAGCAGAGCAUAUCACUGCUGUCCUUCUGUAAACUCAUAUCUCCAUAUUUCGUGAUUCUUUUUAUGCCAUAAAUCAUUCUUAUUAGUCACCCUUAUGCUUGUCACUGGGUUUGCAAUUAUAUAACCAAGAACUAAAGUAUUGUAAGUGCUUUUCAACAAAAUAUGUAAUAAUUGAAAAGUAUUUUUUUACAUUUCCUUAAAAACAGCGAAUUCGGACAUACAAGGUUUUAGAAGGACAGGGAUGAAAUGCAAGUUUGUAAAGGGAGUGAAAAUGGUUAUCUAGACGCACAGUUUUAUUGUUCGAAGCUAUAAAUAGUUAUUAUAGGCCAAUAGUUUAAUCUGAUAUUUUUAUAUAGCACUACCUAUGGAAUUUAUACAUUUGUGUAGCGUCACUACACUUCUCCUAUUUGCAACGAGUUAUAGAUUUUAAUACUAUUUACGUUUUGUGACGACAGGCAAGGUAGCCACGCCCAAACUGAAAUCUCAUUGGACCGAAGUCUCCUGCUCGUCAUAAUGAAUAAUCAUCAAAGAUGGACAAGCAGCUAGUGAUUGUGGCAGGUUCAGAAACUACAAUUUAAAUACUACGAAAAAUCGACAGCAAGACAUUAACAGAAGCCUCGCCGAACCUUUAAAAUGUAAAGGUAUGCAUUCAUCUGUUUAUCUUAGAAGUUUCUUAUAAGUAACGAAAACGGAUAAACUUGUCUACACGCUGUUUUGUGAUUCGCGUCACACAAUGCGUUCAGUGUCGCGUCUGGUUAGUUCCCUGUUAUACAUUAAAGAUGUUUAAGUGGCCUCGCGAAAAGGCAGAAUUGAAUGUAUUUUCUAUAUUUGGUGGAAAUAUUGGUUCUUCGGAUAUAACAGGUUUUUGCCUCAUGCAAAAUCCUCCAAAAGAACUUAUUUAUUAACUAAAAUAUUUGAAAGUUUCAUUAGUGAUAAAUCAUAUAUGUACGUAACUAAAUCAACACGAAGCGUCUAAUUCAAGGUGCACUUCUCUCUCUCUCUCUCUCUCUCUAUUUUACAUAAUUGUGUUAGUUUACCAUGUUGGCAGUUUUCACAAUGGAAGCAACUGUACGUUUAUUUAUUCACAAGCUGCAUAUGUGUAAGCAUAUAUUGUUUUCAAAAUAACAGUAUUAGUAUACUACGUAUAAUUCACAAUAGAAGCUUUCUCCAUUUAUACUUGAGAAUACAUUGCACAAGGUUUUGAAUACAAGGGGUUUCUUUUUUCCAUUAUUUCAUGUUUGUACCAAAUCUGUAUCGCAAUAUUUCAUAAAUACGUUUCGUUUUUGGUUGAACUUGUAUUUGGAAAAUUUAUAUGGUAACCUUGCUAUUAAAUUAAACGUCGAAA